AUGCCUAGUUCUGAUGAUCAACACGGACAGUCAAGAAGACCAUCUCUGUGGAGAAUUGUGCAGAACGAAGGUGCUGGUUAUGACGCUCAAGUUAGCCUUUUUAAUAGGAAAUCUAAACGACAAGGGUUUGAUAAAGUCUUUUACGAGGCAGUGCGACGCGGAGACUUGAAUGCGGUGAAGGAGAUGCUAAGAAAAAAUAGUGAACUGUUGAACACCGAAUUCACCUUGUUAGAGAACAAUGCUCUCCAAGUUGCUGUGGUCGCCAGACAAGAAGAUAUUGUUCGUCAUUUGUUGGAGCAAAACCCUGAUCCAGAAUUCCUAAAAAUAAAAAACGGUUAUGGUGACACGACGCUUACUCUAGCUGCCGCUACAGGGUCGAGGGCUAUCGUCCAAUUGUUAGUUGAGACAUACGAAGACUUGGUGGAUAUCAAGAAUGCUAAGAGAGAGUUGCCGGUUGUUGUGGCUGCCUUCUGUGGAUGCGAGGAAACAUUUCGCUAUCUUUAUGAUAUCACUUUGGUUGAAACUCUUUAUGUAUCCAAGGAAGAUCAAAAUUUAAACACAGUUCAAGUUGAGAAGGAGAAAGCAGUUGGCUAUCAUAAUGGGUUUAUGCUUUUCAAAGCAUGCAUCACAGCUGAAAUCUACGAUAUUGCUUUGGUUGCAUUCAAGGAAGCGCAAAAUCAGUGCAUUGAAGAAAUGCAGAAGGAGAAAGGUGAAACACUGUGUUCACUAGCGCUUGAUUUCAGAACACCAAGAAUAAAUGGAUUCCUACCUUGGCUAUUUCACAAUGACUUCCAACAUGGGUCUUAG